CAAUCAGAUUCACGAGCUUUGUAACAGUUGCUUUCCCUGUUGAACGCAGCCAUUAUCUAACGAAUUGCAAAUUUUGGACAUUAAUCCCCUAAAAAAACAAUUAGAUUUAUUACGUAAAUUAUGAGAGAUAUCUAGUCCUGACAUGGUCUAUCUGAUUUUAAUACUGUGAUUACUGUUAUUAUUUAUAAGGAAUGAAAAAUGUGUUGGAAAAGCAGAGGAGAAAAGAGAUAUUAGCACGUGUACGGUGUACGAUAAUAUUCGUGAAUAGGAUGGUAUUACGAAAAAUUAGCCACGACAUCUUUCAAAGUUAUCGGCAUGUUCACAUCAAAAAGAAGGGUCCUUGUGUUAAGAAAAAUGUUCAACGGUCGUACGCGACAUCGCCAAGACUCACUCCGCAAGAGGUCACAAACAUCUUGCAAGCCAACGAAUACACCAAAGAAUUUGAUGGUUUAGGUUCCAUAAAAUAUUACGAUUCAAAUCAACUGGCAUCUAAUAAUCCUAUAGAGGACACACGAUCCGAAGCUCAAUGUUUGCUGACGAAAGGUGUGUUACUGGGAGUUUUUGACGGUCACGGCGGUAGUGCUUGUGCACAAGUGGCGUCAAAGAGAUUGUUUCAUUACAUAUCGGCAUGUUUACUGCCGCCGAAAUUGCUGCAACAGUAUUUAGAUUCUGUCCGUUCUGAGAAAAAGUUAGAAUUACUUCGGACCUUCAACGACAGGGUGGAAUUUGUGGCUGAAAUCAGGGAUCUUUACCAAGCUAGUUUCUCAAGUUUCGCAAAGGACUUGAUACAAUCAGACAGCGGGGGAGAAUUUCGAGUGGAGAAGGCGUUGGAAAAUGCGUUUCUCAGACUGGACAACGACCUGUCGAACGAGGCUCUGUCGCAACUGAACAAGAAAGAUGCCGCGAGAACUCUUGCAGUUGCGAUGUCCGGCGCAGUAGCUGCUGUGGCGCACAUAGACGGUCCUCAUCUGCAUGUCGCCGGUGUUGGGGAUUGUCAAGCCGUCUUGGGAGUACUCUCGGAGAACGACGGAUGGUCAGCCAAGAUGAUGACUACGGAGCAUAAUGUUGAUAAUCGUGCGGAGGUAGAGAGAAUUUUGUCGGAACAUCCGUUGAGCGAGCGAUCGACCGUGAUCAAGAUGGAGAGACUGCUCGGUCAGUUAGCGCCGCUUCGUUCACUGGGCGACUUCCGUUACAAGUGGAGCAAGAAUGUUAUGAAGCAAGCUGUGGUGCCGUUCCUCGGAGAGACCGCCAUUCCUCCGAAUUACCACACGCCACCAUACUUGACGGCGAGCCCGGAAGUCAAGUAUCAUAGACUGACGCCUAGAGAUCAAUUUCUUAUAUUAGCCAGCGACGGAUUAUGGGACCUGAUCUCACCGUUGCAAGCUGUGCGCUUGGUCGGGGAACACAUGAGCGGUAAAGUCACGCUCAGUCCCUUGAGAUUACCUCGCAAAAAUAUGAAGCUGUCGGACAUAAACGAGAUGUUGCUCCAACGCAAGGAAGGUCUUAAGAAGAAGCCUCACGACAGCAACGCGGCAACGCACUUACUGAGGAAUGCCUUGGGCGGCACGGAAUACGGUAUAGAUCAUGCGAAAUUGUCGCAAUUGUUGACUCUGCCGAGCGAAGUGGUGCGGAUAUUUCGUGACGACAUCACCGUGACGAUCGUCUACAUGGAUUCGGAGUUUCUGAGGCACUGCCCACCCUGAGAUAACGACUUUCCCCCCCAGUUUCUCGCUAUUUUUUUAAUAUUACUGUAAAUUCAUCGAUUUAUAUAUCCGUAUACAGCUUGUUAUUUAUUUAGUUAACAAUAAAAACAAUUUACAUGGAAACAGCAUCCUUAAUAUUGGUAAAUAUAUAUAUAUAUAUAUAUAUAUAUAUAUUUACUUUUAUAUAUAUAUAUAUUUGUGUAUUAUGUCACAUAAUAAAUGUUUCUCUGUUCUUACAGAUUUUUCAAUUUCUUAAAUUCGCUAGCCGCACAAUUCGAUGCCGAUUUUUUUCCUCGCGUACAAACGCUGUCGCAUUAAUCGACUCAAAAUAUA